AUGGGGAAGAGUAUUCUGGAUCUCAUCAAUGAGUGCGAUGUAUUUCCGUACUAUCAGGAUGACCCCGCGGCAUACAAGAGAUACAGAGAAAAGUACCAUGAAUUCAAGAUCACAGGCUACGAGCAGACCUUUGGCCUCGUCCUCAAUUCCAUAGUGGACAAGUUCCCAUGGCCAAAAGACAGCUGGAAGAUUGACAGCGAGACAAAGUCAAUAACUCUGCUUGCGCCAGAGGGUGCUACAGAACGACAACGAAGCGCCCUCCUAGCGCAGACGCUGGAGAUUGGAGCAAAGAGCGGAAAAAUCGAUGUCCUCAAGGGCUGGAGGAACGAGCUAUACCCCAUUUAUGGCCCCAAGAAAGAGCUGGUUGCCAGCGUGGAGCGGGCGGGCAGUAGUCUAUUCGGUAUCUUAAGCUAUGGAGUCCAUAUGACCGUCUACACCAAGGACGAGAAGAAGGGUACCAUGAUAUGGGUGCCCAGACGAGCCAGGACGAAGCAGACUUACCCUGGUAUGUUGGACAAUACAGUUGGCGGAGGCAUAGCUACAGGCGAACCGCCGUUUGAGAGCCUAGUACGUGAAGCCAUGGAGGAAGCCUCGUUGCCUGAAGACAUUGUUCGACGAGACGCCAAAUCCUGUGGAUGCAUAACGUAUACCUAUGUUCGCGACGAGCGAGCCGGUGGGGAAACGGGGUUGCUGCAGCCAGAAUGUGAGUACGUUUACGACCUGCAGCUCGACCCCAGCGUUGUACCGAAGCCAUGCGAUUCCGAAGUGGAGGACUUCCGACUAUGGAGUGUUGACGAAGUGAAGAAAGCAAUGUCAAAUGGCGAAUUCAAGCCUAAUUGUGCCCUUGUUCUCAUAGAUUUCUUUAUCAGACAUGGUUUCCUCACGCCGGAGAACGAAAAGGACUAUCUAGAAAUUCUCGCCAGGAUACAUCGUCGUCACGAAUUCCCGACGGUCUAG